GGUGAAUCGAUGAGGGGAAUCCCUACAUAGUUGGUUUAUAGGGUGUCUCGUAAAUUCCCUGUAGAACCAAAAACCGUCUCCUCUAUCCACGGACCGAUGACCGAUCACACAUAUGUAUGCACAAACCGAAGAGACCUCUCCGGGUUCUCUUCGACGCAAGAAAUAGCUUGACGACGAUCGUGCCAACGAUCGCGUAUCAGUUCUUCGAGUGGUGUUCAAGUGCUCGGUCGCAAAUAUCUGUACCGCGACGCGUGAGUGAGGUGCAACUAGUUGGAAACUUGAAGAAAUUGUCACCCGUUUGGAACUGGUCAUCCGUGUGUAGUGCAGCUAGGAACUGAAAAUGACGGCUGGACCAUUUUCUCAAAUCCUGAUCUGUUCGAUACUGAUCUUGAGCCUCUACCGGGAAGGAGUGAAAGCUCAAAGUGCCCCAUGUACAACUCCAACCAAGCACCCCGGUUCGUGCGUCUUGAUCGAACGGUGUCGAAACAUCUACACCAUAGUUAGCAAUCCAACUCCACCGUCUACGGGCAUUGCUAACUACAUCAAAAGGGCUGCCUGCACGCUACCGGGAGUGACGCGUAGUAUUUGCUGUCAGCCGGCAGAAGUUAUCCCGGAGCCGCCUACGACAACGGCCAGCCCUGCUUUAGGCGCAAACUUUAAUCUACUACCCAGAGACUGUGGCCUAAGAGUCGACGAUAGGCUCGCUUACGGAAAUAUUACUAAAGUGUUUAGCUAUCCCUGGAUGGCUGUUCUACGGUACGAUUACAAUGGUGCAAUCAAAGGUGGAUGUAGUGGAUCGCUGAUCAACAAGCGGUACAUCUUGACGGCUGCACAUUGUAUCGAGAUGAGAAGUGCUAUGGAAAUACAUAGCGUCGUACUCGGAGAACAUACCAAGGGCCAAGACAUUGAUUGCAACAUUUAUCAUAAUAGCAAGGGUGAAGAAAUCGAAAGGGACUGCGCUGGACCGAUUGAGGAGUUCGGGAUUGAAUCGUUCGACGUUCACCAGGAUUACAAUCGACCGAAAGCCAGCAACGACAUUGGAUUGAUUCGACUGGAUAAAGAUGUUACUAUGAACGAUCACAUAAAACCAAUAUGUUUACCCGUUACGGCGGAUCUACAAAGAAAAGUGUUUGAAAACUAUGUUGUUACUGGUUGGGGAACCACAGAAGCUCAAAAGGGGUCCAAUAUUUUGCUGGAGGCAGUUUUACGCCAUGUGGACAUAUCCGAGUGUCAGCUGAAAAUGAAUGAAAACCGAUUGAACGUUCGGCUUAGCGAUAAUCAAAUGUGCGCUGGGGGUAAGAAUAAGGUCGAUUCCUGUAGAGGUGACUCUGGUGGACCACUUGGAUUCAGUGCCAAUUAUAACGGUGCCCGAUUCGUACAGUUCGGAAUCGUUUCCUUCGGAGUGAGUGGCUGUGGGCAAAAGAGCGUACCCGGUGUAUACUGUCGGGUGGCAGCCUAUAUGGAUUGGAUAGCGGAACACAUUAAACCCUAAUUUUGUAGUGAUUAUGACAGUCUGCACAUGUGUUUAAAAACACUUUCGGUAGUUAGUAAAAUCAGGUCUCGAGAAAACCAGAUAUAAAAUUUCA